GAUCUAAUCAUUUCUAAAUCCGUUUUCUGAAUGUUAGGAAUCAAUAUCUAGCGUCUGGGAUUCCACAUGGAAGGUGCGGGGAGCGAUGCUGCCUCUACGGUGGCGCCGAUUGCCAGGUGGAAGAGCGAUUUCGCGAGGGCGUUUCAGUACUACCUGGAUCGUUCUACCCCUCACAUCACCGAGAGGUGGCUGGGGACUCUCGCCGUCGCAGCCGUUUAUAUGUUUCGCGUUUACCACGUCCGAGGGUUUUACAUUGUCUCGUACGGUCUCGGAAUUUAUAUCUUGAAUCUUCUGAUCGGUUUCAUGUCGCCUAAGGUUGAUCCGCAGCUGGAAAUUUUGGAUGGAGCUGCAUUGCCAACUAAAGAAUCAGAUGAGUUUAGGCCAUUCAUUCGCCGACUUCCCGAGUUCAAGUUCUGGUAUUCCAUCACAAAGGCUUUCUGUAUAGCCUUCCUAAUGACAUUCUUUUCUGUGUUUGAUGUUCCUGUAUUCUGGCCCAUAUUGCUCUGCUAUUGGGUGGCUCUGUUUGUUCUCACAAUGAAGCGUCAGAUAAUGCAUAUGAUCAAGUACAGAUAUGUUCCGUUCAGCAUUGGGAAGCAGAGGUAUACUGGGAAGAACAUUGCUGCUAGUGGUGCAGGCUUAAUGAAGGACUAAAGGCUGUCGACAUCCAAAGGAGGUUGAGGAAAUUUGCAAGUUUCCCACUUCUUUGAUUUGAGAUUCUAGUAGUAGAAGUUGUUAUCAAUUACAAUUAUUUUUGGAGAGUCCUUUUUUUGUUUUGAAUUCAUUGAUCAAUUCUCUCUUCCAUUGUAUUUUCAAUGAUUUCAACCGUGGCAAAUAAAAUGCAGAUAUCUUGUCUUGUUGUCUUUGAAUUGUUGGAGCCAGCUGUUUCUCUUAGGAAUCAUGUUUUGUUCGAGGUUCGAGUACACAGGGCAUUGUAGCAUUCUGCAUUAACAUAAUCUCUUCAGUCUUGUAGGGCUUGCUGGAAUGUUUUGUGCGCCUCCUGGAUGCUUCAAAUUUGGAGGUUCGGUCCAAGUUAAUGCUGUCAAUAACAGAGGCUGCAGUCUUAGAGUUUGCCUGGUACUUUGUGAAUGGUGUUAACUUUGUGAGGGAGGUUUGGGUGUAGGCCCAAAAAAAAAAGAGAAAAAAGGGGGAGGUUUGGUUAAAUAUCUGAUUCCAUUUAUCUCAAGCAGAUGUGGGAAAAGAGAGAUCACAGAACUCGUUAAGCUUUGCCUGUUCAUGAUCUGGGCUGUAAUUCUUUGUUAAAUAUCAUCAGCUUUGCAAUGGCAGUUGGGCAGUAUUUAAAAAUUGACUUGGUCAUGAUGUUGCCAGAUGUGUGUCUAAUAAUGUAGACAAUGCUGUUAUAACAACUCUCCAACAACUGAAAUACACAAAUCUCGUCUGAUUAUUGUAGGGAAAAAAUAAUACAAUUUUCAUGGUCGUUUUAAUUUUAAUAAUGAUCAUUAGUCCUU